CAGCCGCCGGCGCCCAGAACGAAGGCGGCAUGGGCUCGACGAUCAAAUCCGCGGUUCAGGGUAUCGCUAUCUUCGUUGGCAUGCAAUUCUUGAUGGGUCAGAUCAUGGGCAAGAGCAAACCCGCUACGACGACGACCACCGAUGCUUCUGGGGCCGUGAUUAACGUUCCUGCGAACACGGCCACGAUUCCCCCUUUCCAUGCCCGCCCCAAUUCCCUCAAUGACGGUGCGGUCUACAACCCAAUCCCCCAACGAAUAGCUCCUAUGUGGCCUCUUGACUCUCCCUUGGAUCUCACGAUCGUGGUCUCGCCAUCCUUCGUUGCUGAACCGCUAGCGAAGGUGCCCGCAGAAAGAAGAGUGGUUGAUGAGACGGCUUUCAAGUUUGGUGAUUACAACGAGAAUAGGAUCGUAGAUACAAGUUUCGCAGUGCCCAAAGAGGUGCAGAACAAUGGGACGCUGUGGGCGCAUUUUUAUAUCGGAUUGACUGGCAGUGAACUGGACCCCAGUAGAUCUGGUUAUGAUUCAAGUCGGGCAUUCCAUUUCACUCAUCCCUUAACGCAAUACAUUGCCCAGAAACGGGUGAAGAAAACAAAGAACCUUCUGGCUGCUUCGGAUGAGGAUGAGGAGGAAGAGGAAAUUCCCACGGGUCCAGUCAUCACUUCGCAUUAUCAUCCGAACUUCACCCUGUCCUUCAUCCCGGAUACUGGAGUGAUGCAGUUUCCGAGUUUACCUCCCCCAGUUCUACGAUAUAUACACUUGGAAGAGACAGGCGCGCGCGAUGCUACCGGUCAGAAUGGGUGGUACUAUCCUGUUCUCUUCGUCAAUUCGUUCUGGCAACUCCGAUCUCACAUGACAGCCCUGAAUUCAACCGUCACUCGACUACCCCUCUACAUCAACCUCAACAAUCAAGCAAACUGGAAAUUCACCAUCCUUGCCAAUAUGGACGAAGGAGCUAAGCAAAGUGCUAGAGCUGCUGCCCUAGGCCAAUCUGUGCCCGGCGGUGGGGACGGUACCGAGUUUGAAAUGAUCAAGGAGGUUCUCCUAGAUACGAAUAUUUAUCUUCUCGGCACAACUGCAGUUGUCAGCAUCCUCCACAUGAUCUUCGAGAUGCUAGCUUUCAAAUCCGAUAUCAGUCAUUACCGGAAUAAGAAGAAUAAUGUUGGAAUCUCUGUCCGGUCUAUCCUCGGGAAUGUCUUCAUGCAAGGCGUUAUAUUCCUGUAUCUUAUGGACAACAACGAGAAUACUAGCUGGAUGAUUCUCUUCUCCCAGGGAAUGGGCAUCCUCCUCGAAUUUUGGAAAAUCACCACGGUAGUCAACGUCCGUCUCCGACCAGCUCCAGAUUCCUUCAUCCCCUACCGAAUCGCAUUCGAAGACAAACACGUUCUAUCCGAAACCGAGGAAAAAACCAAAGAAUACGACGCCGUAGCCUUCAAAUACCUCUACAUGAUCGCCGUCCCACUUCUGCUGGCCUAUGCCGCCUACUCUUUGACCUACGAGACGCACAAAUCAUGGUACUCCUUCGUGAUCACCACCCUCGUCGGAUCCGUCUACGCCUACGGUUUCCUCAUGAUGGUCCCAAGUCUGUACAUCAACUACCGCCUGAAGUCGGUGGCACACAUGCCAGCCAAGGCCAUGAUGUAUAAAUUCCUCAAUACGUUCAUCGAUGACCUCUUCGCGUUCACGAUCAAGAUGCCGACGCUGCAUCGAAUAGCCACGUUGAGAGACGACGUCAUCUUCUUCGUUUAUCUGUACCAGUCAUAUAAAUACAAGGUCGACUACACGCGCGUUAAUGAGUUUGGGCAGGGUGGAGACGACGAGCCGGAAGAAAAGCCAGCGGACGAGCAGCCGAAGAGCAUCGAAGGAGUAUCUGAUGAGGCAAAGAAAGCCGGGGAGGCUACUAAUGAGACAACGGCCAAAGUGUCUGGAAGCUCGAAGAAAGGGGGUGCGACGAAGAGAAAGUGA